AUCGCUUUUUCUUUCUUUCUAUCUGAACCACACUAUAUCCUUUUAUUCGGCAUUUUCGAUCACCUUUCGGUUUUUCUCAUAUUCCCCUCUUCAAACCAAUCAUCCUGCGCAGCGACGGUUCAUGCGGGUGUUUUCCCAUCUUUUUCUCUUUUUCACACCAUUCGAUUCUCCGAACAAGCGCUGGCGCAUUGUUCCCUCAUUCUGCGAUAACGCUUUGAUCUCGCGACAUCCAACCACAGCCCGACAACCCGGGACGGCCACUACACACCUCCCGCAGAGACGAUCCGAUGCGACGAGCAUGAUAUCAAACAGGAUCAUCGCCGAAUCACAGCCCGCCGUGGGAAAAGACGCCUUCCCCACUGUAGCUUGGUCCCUCUCGUCAUCACUAUCAGUCAUCUCUCUCACGGCCGUUUUCCCAAGGAUCCGGACGCGGAGCCUUGUCAGCCUCUCUUGGAUUCUCAACCCCGCAAAGGAACACGGCUGUUGGGAUUCACGAAAAAAGCAAAGAGACCAACCAGGGGUGUCGAUUUCCUCAUCCCACGAGGCUUGGAUCGCGCGAUCGUCGGAUGUCAAAGCGUUAUGGGAAUAUGAAUUUCUUUUUCCUUUUCUUUUUCCUACGCUUAUUUAAUUAUGGGGUUGAUUUGUUUUUUUCUUGAGGGGUGUCAGGCCUGUACUAUUUUCUUUCUUUUUUCUUUUUUAUCUGAAGCAACGGCAUGUAUAAUAGACUUAAUAUACCCAGCAGCAACAGCAUACGGCAUUCUUUUAUCUGGACUUGG